ACAAUCAGAGAUUUGCCAAUCUUUUUUACUUAUCAAAUUAAUUCAACCAAAUUUUCCUUUCAAAGUUUGUCAGAAGUCAAUUUAGCAUUUUCUGUAAAUCCAAUUCAAACGACAUUGCCACAAAACACAAAACUGCUCAUGGGGAAUCGUUUGUUAAGAAUUGGAACUUCAAACAAAGUGUUUUGCCAUUUGAAUAACAUAAAUGGUGAUUAUAGUGAGCCAUACUGUCCUUGUGAUUCAGUUAAUUGUUAUAUCACCCCACCCAAAAAUAUAACCUCUUUAAAUUUAAUCGUUGAUAAAUCAACAAAUGCACAUCAAAAAUACGACGAAGUCGAAGAAGAACUUGACAUUGAAAGUGUUGCCAUUGGAAACAAAAAAGUCUCCUUUUUUAAGACAGACAACUUUAUUCUUAGUGUAAAUUCACAGAUUGAUAAGUUGAUCACAAACAUUUCAUCUCUAACAAAAACUGUUCUAAUGGUUUCAAAUCAAAGUUUUGUAUUUCAACAUGUUGUAUCGAAAUCAAUUUACUCAAGUGAAAAUGGUACCAAAUUUAUUAUAAAUCCAAUGUGUAAAAAUGGAGGUCAUUUCAACACAACAACACAACAAUGUGACAAUUGUUUGGAUUCAAAUUGUAUUGACUGUUCUUACAAUUCAAAAAAAUGUUUAAGAUGUCAACAGGAAUAUUAUAUUACCAAUGACAGUAAAUGCGUUGAAAUACCGAACUGUUUGUUGAAACGAUCAAAUCGAUGUCUAAAAUGUUCAAAUGGGUAUUUACUUUCUGAAGGUCACUGUCAAAAUACAUCAUCUUGUCUGAUUCAAAAUUUAAAUGGUACAUGUCAAAUUUGCAGUUUAAAAACGUUUAAUUUUAACAACAGUAAAUGUGAAAUUGCCGAUGAACACUUGUUAUACACAAAUCAAAAUAAUAUAAUUGCUUGUAAAAGUGGGUAUAUAACAAAUUCCAACAUUUGUCAAAAGUGCUCGGAUCUCUACAAAUCAAGUGAAGUGUGUGAAAAUGGUCGUCCCACAAAAUGUGAAAUUGAAUUUGAAAUGAAUAAAUCUGGACAAUGUGAACACAAUAACUGUUCUGAACCAAAUGAUGAAAACGGAAGAUGUUCUAAAUUUUAUGACAACUGCACUUUCAUCACAAAUUCAAAGUGUUUAGCGUGUAAUAAUAGUUUAAUUUUAAACAAUACUAAAUGUCUUACAAAUGACGAUAUACAAUGCACAAACCAGAGUUUGGUUUCUUGUUUGCGAUGUAAAGACGCUUAUUAUUUUAAUUCAUCAUCCAACAGAUGUGAAAGAUGCGAUUCAAAUUGUUUGACUUGUGUCAUAACUCCGACUUAUUGUCUUUCAUGUCCACCAGGAUUUUACAUUUCAAAUAAUAUUUGCAAAACAAAUUCUGAAUUGGUGGGAAUUUGCACACAAUUUAUAUCAUCUGGUGGAUGUGCAAAAUGCGCUGAAGGUUAUUACAGAAAUGGGUUGGACUGUUAUAAAUGUGAUCUUUCAUGUUCAUUGUGUAAUACAAAUUUA